CAUGUUGUACAGCUUGAACGAGUGGCUGUGGCAGGAGGUGUACUGGUUACCACCCAAUAGAACAUGGGCAGAGCUGGAGGACCGAGAUGGCAUGGUGUUCGCCCACCCUCACCACAUGCUUGCUGCCUUGCCAGUGGCUCUGGUCCUCAUGGUUGUGCGCGUCAUCUUUGAGAGAUUCUUGGCCUUGCCCCUGAGCCAGUGGAUGGGUAUACGGGAUCCAAUCAGGAGACAGAUAAAUCCCAACCCGGUGCUGGAGAAAUACUACCUCAGGAAGGGGAAGAGACCCGUGGAGACCCAGAUAGUCCUUCUGGCUGCCCAGUGUGGCCUCACACUGCGGCAGACUCAGUAUUGGUUCAGAAGACGUCGCAACCAGGACGUGCCUUCCCUGUCCAAGAAAUUCUGUGAAGCUUGCUGGAGAUUUGUCUUCUAUUUGUGUUCCUUCGUGGGUAGCAUCACAGUCUUCUAUCACGAGCCAUGGUUGUGGACACUGACAUUGUGCUGGGAAAAUUACCCAUCCCAGAUCCUGACUCCCGCCUUGUACUGGUGGUACCUCCUGGAGCUGAGCUUCUACAUGUCCCUGCUACUGUCUCUGCCCUUCGACAUCAAACGCAAGGACUUCAUGGAGCAGGUGUUGCACCACUUUGUGGCCGUGGGCCUGCUGAGCUUCUCCUAUAGCACCAACUUGCUGCGCAUUGGUGCUGUGAUAUUGCUGCUGCAUGACUGCUCCGAUUACCUGCUGGAGGCUGGUAAGAUGUUGAACUAUGCUAAGUUUCGGCGGUCGUGCAACGUUGUCUUCGUCAUCUUCUCCUUAAUGUUCUUCUACACUCGCCUCAUAUACUUACCCACCCAGGUCAUGUACUCCACUCUGUUUGAAUCCAUCGAGAAUUCGGGACCCUUCUUUGCCUACUAUUUCUUUAAUGGGCUCCUGGUGAUACUGCAGAUUCUUCAUGUGUACUGGUUCAGCCUCAUUCUGCGCAUGCUCUUUAGUUUCCUAAGGAGUGGUCAGAUGAAGAGUGACAUUCGCAGUGAUGUAGAAGAGUCAGACUCCAGCAGUGACGAGGCAGUCCCCCAAGAUCUCCAGCUGAAGAAUAAGGUGGCUCAAGCGUCUGGAGCAGCCGUCACCAAUGGCAUGAGGAGCCGGGCAGUGGGGCAUCUGACCAAUGGGCACACCCAGGCCACGUAGACAACCUAGGACUGAAGUUGAAGGGUUGCCUCCAGCACCGUGGAUAUCUGGAUGCUGGGCUGGUGACCCUGGGAGACAGGGAAGUCCUACCCCAAGGUAGGAAGAGGACUGAUGAUCUGUUUCCAUCGCUUCCCUUCUGUCCCUUUCAGUUUAUCCCUUCGAGCAACUGGACAGAGCCUGCGAGAGCAGUUGUCCUCUGUAUCUUGCCACAGCCACCCUCAGGAUGUAGCCUGCUGGCUGUGGGGAGCCUUGGCUCCAAGGACCAAUAAAAACUUCAACAGAGAUGGAUUUUCUGCCUGAGAGCUUGGGUUCCCUUCAC